GGUGAUACAUAAUGGGGCUCGGCAAAACCCUGGGGUCGCGACCACGCGGCCAGGUAAGCUGCCUGCUGCUCACCGUCCUAAUCCUCAAGGAUUCCCUGUGGCGCGCUCGCCGAAGCUGAUGUUCGGGAGCUCGGUGGCAGCUGUUUCACCGGCGCAAUCCCCCCGACAGGUGGAGGAACACGCCCGACGUCGUGGCAAGGCCCUUCAGAAAGCUCCAAUGCUGUAGGAGCACUCGCCAUGGCAGGAGAUAGAGGAGGAGGAUGAUGGCAUCCUGGAACCAGUUGCUAAGAGCCAGGAGGAAAAGAGGAUGGCGGAUCCAAUGAUGAAUUCUUAGCCCGCAAAGGCGAUUUGGCGGAGGAAACUUUUAUUGGAAGACUCUGAUGAUGACGUGGCUGUACAACCCAUGCAGGCCAUGCAUGAACAUGGGUCUUCAGUUGGUGGAAAGGAAAAGGGAAAAAAGAAAUGGCGGAAGCUAAUGAAGGUGGGGUCGAGCAAGCUUUCUGGCGGGUCCUCGAAGCCGAGAGGCUCUCCAACCAAAGUGUCCAAACCUAAGCCGCGUGCUCCUCGCUCUCGGGCUGUGGAGGAUGGCACGGGCAGGGGAAAAGGGAAAGUGCGAGUGUCCAAAGGGAAGAAGGGUCAUAAGAAAGAGAAACCUCCAACCCCUGCCGGGGAUGGCUUAGCCGAGACGGUUACAGCGGUGACACUCGACCGAGCUGAUGAUAAUCCGCCUAAAAUGGUAGCCUCGGGGUCCCCUCCGUCUGCGGAGGAUGAUGAUCGGUUCAUGAUCAAAAGUCGAACACCUCCUAUGAACUCUACUGGUGCUAGUUCUGGUCACGUUAGACAGGUGGUGGUGGCGGCUUUUGAGGCGGGAAUGAUCAUUAAUGAGGGGAAGAAUAAGCCAGAGAAUGAAGAGGGAGAGACGAAGCUGAAAUUGAAUGAAUAUGGUUCGAAUCUUGGAGGUGCUACGGGUGCGAAUCGAAAGCGCCCGCUGGAAGACGUGGGUGGGGAUAUUGAUGAUGUCCCCUCCCCAAAGAAGAAGUUUAUUGAGGAGGAGCAGGAUCCUGAACAGGUGGAGGAAGCCAGCCUAGAGUGGCCCCAACCAGUUAAAUGAGGAUGUUGGCCUGGAAAGUGAGAGGAAUUGGACCAUCCCUCACAUUUCAAACUGCUGUAGGGUUAGUUCGAUCUAAUAAACCGGACAUUGUUUUCUUUUCUGAAACAAGAUCGUGUCGGAGAGUAGUCACCGGCGCUUGCGGGGUUUAGGAUUUGAAGCUUCUCAGUGUUUUUUUAUUGAUGUCGUUAAUGGAUCUGGUGGUCUAGUUGUAGCUUGGUCCCCCGAGGUUGAGGCUUCGGUGUUUUAUCAUUCUAAUUUUUGCAUUUGUUCUACAAUUAAUGAAAAUGGUUUGUCGUA